UUCUCUUUCUUCGCAAUUUUUAUUUUUAUUUUUCGGCAUUUUGCUUUCCACAAGCAUCCUCCGGUGCCGCCCCCACCGGUUUACUGCUCGCCGGCCGUCUUAACCACCGCAAUACUCUCUUCUUUGUCCAGAUUGAAGGGUAGGACAUCUGGGAUCUCAUUAAUAUUGGAUGUCGGUGGGGAGUCAAACGAGAAGGACCUGCUCAACGAUCUGCUAGAAAGAACAGAUCUUUGAAAAUUUCUGCAUCUGGGUCUGGAUGUCAUUGAUGGGUUGGAAGUAUAAGGCGGGUUUGUUCUUGAUUGGUACUGUUGUUGUUAUAUGGGUCGCAUCUGCGGAAGUCACCCAGGGUAUCUUUACAGACUAUAAGCAGCCUUUUGCAGUUACAUAUCUUGGAGCUUCCCUGUUGGUAGUUUACCUCCCAAUAGCAUUCCUAAAAGAUUGGUUAUGUAGUUUUCUAAGACGUCCAUCUUCAACUGGUGCUAAAGAUGUAGAAAGUGUAGAUGAGUCUUCUAUUGGACUCAAUUCCCCUCUAAGGCAAAAAAUCAUUGAAAUGGAACUUCAAGGGACUUUGACAAAGAAGGACAGUGAAGCAGAUUUUUCACCUCAUAUGGAGGAAAGAGCAUUGAUUUCCAGAAGCAAAGAAGAAGUGCAUUCACUGAAACAAGGGAAAGAGCUUGCCACCAGGGAGAUUGCAACCUUGGGGUUUUAUAUUGCUCCUAUCUGGUUUAUAACAGAGUAUCUAUCAAAUGCAGCUCUUGCACGUACAAGUGUUGCAAGUACAACUGUAUUGUCCUCCACAUCAGGGCUUUUUACUCUUUUUAUCGGAGCUUUUCUUGGCCAAGAUAAAUUAAAUGUAGCAAAAGUAGUUGCUGUCUUCAUUAGCAUGGCUGGUGUUGCCAUGACCACUCUGGGGAAAACAUGGGCCACUGAUGAGUCAGGACUAAGUUCUUCAGCUCUAGUUACUUUGGCUAGAAGCAUUUUCUAUAUUCUACUUAGAAAAUUGAACGGCAGAACACUUUCAUAUCCUUUCUACCCUAUAUGUGGUAUUGUGUUGAUGUUUGUGUUUAGCAAUGGGAAACGCUCUCUUGUUGGAGAUCUUUUUGGCCUCCUCUCAGCCAUGUCUUAUGGGCUAUUUACAGUGCUCCUUAAAAAGUUUGCUGGUGAGGAAGGAGGAAGGGCUGAUGUGCAGAAGUUGUUUGGAUAUAUAGGACUCUUUACACUAGUAGCAUUAUGGUGGCUUAUUUGGCCAUUGACAGCCCUGGGAAUUGAACCCAAAUUUACUAUUCCCCAUUCUGCCAAGCUGGAUGAAGUUGUUCUUGCAAAUGGGUUUGUUGGAAGUGUCCUCUCUGACUACUUUUGGGCUUUAAGUGUUGUAUGGACAACUCCGCUAGUGGCCACCUUGGGAAUGUCACUGACCAUCCCUCUUGCUAUGGUUGCUGACAUGGUAAUUCAUGGCCGUCACUACUCAGCCAUCUACAUUCUUGGCUCGGCUCAGGUAUUUGCUGGCUUUGUAAUAGCUAACCUUUCAGAUUGGUGCUCCAAGAAGUUGGGGUUAUAGCAUUUGGAGGAAAUGAUAGAAUCACAAUUAGGGCAAUAUAAUUCUUUCUUGGGACCAUUGUCUCUUCCAUUUUGAGUGUACUUUACAAUGUUUACGUUACUGAAUACUGAUUUAAUGUGUAAACUCCCUCCCCGGUACCAACUACCAAGAUGUGUACGCAGGGAAACAAAAGAUGUGUUGUAAUGUCAAAUUGUAAUUGAUUUUUGUAAAUGAAAUCCUUUCUGGUUG